UUUGCCGCCAUUUUCUGAAAUGCUGUUGCUGGCUGCGCGGAAAGGAAGCGGAAAUUACAUAGUCUAUUCAGAAAGUUUUGUGGUGGUUUAUCCCCUGCGUGGUUGUAUUGGAUUUUGAGUAUUUUUAAAUUUAUUUAUAUAUUCGGAGUCUCGUAAUAUGAUAAAGACGAAGAAGCAUGAAAUGAAUUCAGAACCGGAUCAGUGGGUAAUUGUUGCUCCGGACUCGGCAAUUAAUGUACCAAAGAGGACUAACAAAGAGCCUAUAUUCCUAAGCUUGCGGCACCCCAAAACAGAUAAUGCUUCUCUAUAUUUAUUAAGCAAUGAAGCUAAUGAGGUCUUUGAGGUAAAAGCUUUUAAUGAGCGAUAUCACUCCUGGUUUAUUGGCCAGUCAGUACAACAUGAUGGAAGACUUCUAUUUUUGACUCUGAUGGAUCCUGUAUUUCUUCUCCUUCCGUACUUUUCAAAGUUUGGUAAAGAGGGAAAAUUUCAGCCUGUUGAACAAGUUGUAGUAGAUGAAGCCUUUCCUGGUUGCAUCCAAUUGCUGAAGUGUUCACAAACACUACAGUGUCUCAGUCAUGUGACAGAAAAGAAAGAAGUUGGAAGUCAGUCAUUUUACAGAUAUAAUAAAGACAAGACUCUGACCUGGCUUAAGAAGAAGGUGGAUAAUACUGUGAAAGCACUGAAAAAUAGCAACACAUGCGUUGGUGGUGCAGUGAAAUCUUCAACAUUUAUUAGAAGUAAAAGUACCACUGAUAUUCAUGAAGAGGAUUACUUGCGUUACGCUCAUGGCUUAGUGUCAGAAUACAUCUCUGAAGACCUUAGUAAAGAUCUUCUUAAAUAUUUGCAGCUUCCUGAACUUUCAAAUCCAACAGAGUUAGAACCACCAUCAAAGACUGCAGGACAGAAGAAAGAAAAAAAAAGGAAAUGAGACCUUCAGAAGCCUACUUUUGAACAGAUGGAGGGAACAUAAAUGCAUAUGUGGGGAGAAUAUUCAAGCAUAACAUGGACAGCAACUUGGUCCAGAAUUCAACAGCUGAUGUUCAUUAUACUUUUAAUUUGGGUAUUUACUUUUUACUUUAAUUUUUUACACAUGGGAAUUGAAUGUCUAAAUUUCUGUAAUAAAUAAAAACACUACUAAGCUUUAAUGUAAUAUUUUUAAACAAGUCAAACCUUAAAAAUAUCUGACCAACUACACUGUGAAAUGUGCAGAAGAAUCUCAGAUGAGAUGUUUUGACUAUAAAUAAAACUAUGGAGUGUGUAUAUCAGCAUAAAUACUCCAUUAAUUUGUAAAAUAUAAUAUAAAUGGACCAAAUUAUUUCCCUUUUUGAAUCAUAUUUUAUAUUAUAUAUGUAGCUUUUAAAUUAAUAUGGCUGUGGCAAAUCUUUUUUUUUUUUUUUUUCAUGAGACAUUUAAAUGUUAAAUUAUGAUAUGCAUAAAUGUAAUUAACUCUAGGCAGAAAAGAAUUUUUCUAUUAUGGUUUUGUUAAUAUAGCAAUAUGUAUUCUUUACAGUUACUGUACAUAUUAAAUGAUUUUUUACAGUUUUUAUAAAAUUGAUUAUUUUUUAUAUAAAUUAUCUAAUUGCUUUUCCAACGUCAUUAUAAACUGUUUUUAAAAUGUUAACACUUUUGAUUACUUGGUAACACUUUAGUUUAGGUACUGUAAAAAUGCCUCCAUUACUCAUUUACUCUUAUGCAAUAUAACCUUAUCAAAGGCUUCUGUUGGUCUUCAUAACACUUAUAAAACAUCAGCAGAUAUGUUAUUCAUCUCUGUGCACUGUGGCAUGUUGACAUGAUGGUAAAAUGAGUUGUUAAUAUGAAGGAUUCCCAGGUCUUAUACUAAAUAUCAAAUGUAUCAAAUAAAUAUAAUAUCAAGAGGAAUGUAUCUCAGUUACGCCACCUCAGACCACUCCAAAGUAAAGUUUUAUUGGUAGAUUAUGUUGCAGAAAUGAAUAAGCACUCUACAGAUGGUUUGUAAGUGUUAUGAAGGCCCAGUGUUAUGGUCUUGUUGCAUUAUAGUAAAUGUAAUAGAUCAGUUUUUGCAGUACCAAAACUAAAGUAUUACCUAUUAUGUAUUCCUUAAGAUUUAUACUGUACAGCAUGUUUUACUGUACUUUACAUCAGGUAUCCUCAUUUAACAUGCCACUGAAAAUCUGUAAUGCAUUAAUAUGGAGCAGCACAAUAU